CACUGCUCUCGCGCUCUCGCGUGUCUUUCUUCCUCUCCUCCUCCUUCCGCUCCUCCUCCCCUUCCUCGCUCUCUACUCCCUACACCUGCGAGGUGAGCCUCAGGCCGACUACAAUUCAUAUUCCCUGCCCCGUCGACCCUGUCCGCCGCCCGCGAUAUCCUGCUACGCAUCAUCGCUUCGUCUUUUCACCUCCUCGUUCCUCAACCUUUUCCAUCUUCUGUGAGCUGUUGGCACACCCCUGCUCCAGAUGCUGUUCCCGAGCGAGGCCAGCUUUUGAGACGCACAUCAUCUUCUUCGACACUUAUCGACGCUCGUUCCGCCUAUUUUAAUUACCUCUUUUUUUUUUGGGCUCCGUUGCCUACGUCCGUUGCUCACGAGACCCUCCGUUUUCGAGAGAUCCCGGUCAUUGCAUCCCGCAGUCCUCCUCGACCUCGACACCGGCCUUCCUAUGCCCUUCGACACUCUCGCUCAGCCCAUUACUGGCCGCGCUUUUGUAUCCUUCGACAAGCAUUUUCCACGCCACCUCGAUUUCUUCACACGACUUGUCGGCUUGCCGCACUAGGAUUCUUGCUCGCCCUAUCGGUCGACUGUUUCUGUUACCUUGCGGGACCCGGAUCAUCGUCCAGCACGCCGCUUGUAUCCAACAGCUUUAUAUUUGCAUACAUACAUACGUAUUCUAGCUCCUAGCUUGCUUGCGGCGGUUCGAUUCACACAUCUUGGGCAGCCUGCUCGUCUACUUCGACGACGCUUGCUGCAACUGUUUCUCGCCGGCUCACUCAGCAGCCUGGUCCUCCCCCUUAUUCGCCUCAUUCGACACCUUGCGACUCCCUGGACUCUACUUGGAGUCACGAGCUGCCUUUCGCGUCUUACAUCUUUCGUGCCUCCCCAAGGCACGUCCAAUCUUUCAAAACGGCGGUCCUAUCGCAUUCCGGGCGGGACUCGCUCGUCCCCCCUCACCUUCUAGGUAUGCAGGACCUCAACGCACCCGUCGGCCAAGGCGGCCCCAAUCCUGGCGCCCCUGGUCGUUUCCAAGGCCAUGCCUCCAAGCCCUCAACCAGUGACACUGGCUUUUCGCACGGCGCCUUCACCUCCAACAUCUCGGGCUUUGCCGACCGUCAUCCUCGUCGAGGCAAUGUCCCUUCGCUGAACACGCAGGCUAUGGGCCACCAGAACCAGCCGGGGUCUCCCUCCAAUGCCGGUGACCUGGCCAGCCCAGGCACCGCUUUCGAUAUGCAGUUCACCCCACUACUUCCGUCUCAGUUGCUCCUUGGGAGCCCCUUUCAACCUGGGAGCCCUGCUGCUUUUGGCAGCCCGCAAUUCCAGAGUCUGCCAGGAUUCCAACAGGCUGGCCAGCAGCACGGGGGCAACCAGGGCCACAGCGGCGGCGUCUCUAGCCCUAUUCAGCAGAGCAUCUCUCCACAGCCUUACCAGACGAUGGUGUCUCCUUCGACCUAUGGGGCACCGCAGUUCUUCCCUCCUCAGUCGCCCACCGGGGGCUUCAGCAUGCAGGCACCCAUGCAGCCCGCCUCGCCCGUGUCCAUGGGAUCCGGUGUUGUAACUGGCACCAGCCGCACGGUGUAUCUCGGCAACAUCCCCCCGGACACGUCGGCAGAGGAAAUUCUGGGACACGUUCGCAGCGGGCAGAUCGAGUCUGUGCGCCUCCUUCCCGACAAAAACUGUGCCUUCAUUUCGUUCCUCGACGCCAGUUCCGCUACCCACUUCCACUCAGAUGCCAUCUUGAAAAAGCUCUGCAUCAAAAGUCAGGAUAUCAAAGUCGGCUGGGGCAAGCCAUCCCAGGUCCCCACUUCUGUGGCCCUAGCUGUGCAGCAGUCUGGUGCCUCUCGCAAUGUCUACCUGGGAAAUCUUCCAGAGGAUAUUACCGACGCCGAGCUGCGCGAGGACCUGGGAAAAUUCGGCGUCAUUGACACUGUCAAGAUUGUCAGGGAGAAAAAUAUUGCCUUCGUCCACUAUCUCUCCAUCGCCAACGCCAUCAAGGCCGUUUCUCAGCUCCCCCAGGAGCCAAAGUGGCAGGCACCUCGCCGUGUCUUCUACGGCAAAGACCGAUGCGCCUACGUGUCCAAGACACAACAGCAGAACGCCGCCCAGUACCUGGGAAUUGCUCCUGGAUACGCGCACAUGUUGACAGGGGCUGAUCGUGAUCUGAUUUCGAACGCCCUUGCCCAGCAGUCCGUGGCCGCUGCUGCCGUCGCCACCACCGCCGGAGGAAUAAACAACUUGGGUAACCGCACCAUCUACCUAGGUAACAUUCACCCUGAGACGACCAUCGAGGAGAUUUGCAAUGUGGUAAGGGGUGGUCUGUUGCACCACAUCCGCUACAUUCCGGACAAGCACAUCUGCUUCGUCACCUUCAUUGACCCGACUGCGGCUGCUUCCUUCUACGCCCUCAGCAACCUGCAAGGCUUGAUGAUUCACAACCGACGACUCAAGAUCGGGUGGGGAAAGCAUUCUGGUGCGCUGCCUCCGGCUAUUGCCCUUGCAGUAAGUGGCGGUGCCUCUCGCAACGUCUAUGUUGGCAACUUGGACGAGACAUGGACCGAGGACCGCCUGCGCCAGGACUUCUCCGAAUUUGGCGAGAUUGAACUGGUCAACACCCUGAGGGAGAAGAGCUGCGCGUUUGUGAACUUCACCAACAUUGCCAAUGCCAUCAAGGCUAUCGAGGCGAUCCGCGGCAAGGAAGAGUACCGGAAAUUCAAAGUCAACUUCGGCAAGGACCGCUGCGGAAACCCGCCCCGCCAGAUGCAGCAAAAUCAGUCUCCCCGGGGCGAUGGAGUCUCGUCGCCCCCGCCCAACGGGUCGCAGAGCAACAGCUCGCCUCCGAAUGGCCCACAGCAAUCGGCUGUAUUGUUCAACGCCAACAAUAACCCGCUCACCAUGUACCUCAGCCAACUGUCCCAGCAGGUUCAGCACCAACAGCAGCAACAAACCCAACAGCAGCACCCGAUGCACAUGCAGCACCCACUCUUCCAUGCAGCACAGUCGUCGCCCAACGAUCUGUCCCUAGAUGUGCCCCAGCAGGGUCAGUUGAGUGGCCACGGCCAAUCCGCUAGUAUCUCCAAUGGGUAUGCUGCCGCUGCCGCUGCCGUCUCCGGUGCAACCACCAUCGGCGGUUUGCUCGCUCCUGGACCUCGAGGUCAACACAGCCGUGCGGUCAGCCUUCCGGUCCUGGCCCCUGGUUUCGAGAACGGUGGCAAUAGCCCCGGCAGCGUCCCGGGAAGCAAUGGAAGCGAGGGCGAACGUCGUGGCCACCACUACCAGGCUAGCUUUGGAGGGAUGGGAGCCGGCGGCUUCGGCCUGGCGAUCCAGGGUGGUCUUAACGGAUGGGUCGAGGAAGAGGUGGCAAACUAAUAUCACACAGCCCCAAAACGACAUGAGAAAUUUGUAUUUGUUGUAAUUGAAAUUGGGGUCGUCUGUCCUUUCUGCACACACCUUACUUUACGUUCUUUUUCUUUUUCGUCUACUCUUUUUGCACAUUCUGAUAAUAGUCUCCUUCCGCUGAGUGUAUGAUGGGUCGUCAUUUUCGGGAUAGCAUGACGAGGACGGUUGUGGUAGCAUCCCCAGAGAGCGGAGAGGGGAUGAAGGGACGGAGAUGCAAAGGCCGAGCGGCCAGACCUGCUACAAGCAUGGUGGGCCUCUGCAUGAAAGCGGGACCAGAAGAGAUGGGAACGUGAGCUCGGCAUUCCUCGGGCACUGAAUAAAGCCAGGGACAAAGACAGACAUUUCAAAGGGACUGAAAGGGUCUAGUAUGGCCGAGCCAGGGCUGGAUGAUCGUGACUUGUGAGUUAUGAUCCGGUCAGCUGGGGAAUAGUACGUAGGCGCGUGAUUAGCCGGAACAGAUACGGUUUGGUCACCAAUUGCUCUUAAUGAAGGCGACG